CAGCCACCAAGAUGCACGCAAAGAAAGCACUGUUGCGGAAUGAGUUUUCAUCGAGCUUUUAGUUUCUGUUCCACUGCAAAGGAGUCACAUGCGCUUAGAACAUAAAGCAGUCUGACUGGCGCUGACAACCCCAAGACAGCACCCGGCUGGGGCACUGCAGAAGCUUCUUGCCUUCUUCUCCAACCAAGCAGGACUUCAGUUCGAGCCCGCACCCGGCUUCAUCAACCGCAAAGUAGAGCGAGUCCAGUCCCAGGGAAUCCGGCUCAGGCUUUGCCGGCGCGGUGAGGAAGGUGGCAGGCGGCAGGCUGAGCUCCACUGGACACAGCCAAGUGGCCCGGGGCGCGCCCUGUGCACUCCCGGCGUCCGGGUCUGGCACACCGCGGGAGGCAGGCGCGCUGCCACUCUCUGCCGCUGCUUCUUUCCCUGGUCUCUCUAGCCUCCGCUCCAGCGGGCAAACCCACAGCCGGUCUCCACCUUCCGCCCUGGGCGCUGAUCUCCUUCCAAUCCUUGCUUACAUAAGGCAGGCGGGCGUGCUCCACAGCCGGUUAUUCCCCAGCGGAGUUGGGCUGCGCCCUCUACGCCUCCUUGGCGAGCUCCUUUGCGUACCCGUGAGCCCUACUCUACGGUGUGACCCUCCUUGGCCACCCAGCAGCGACAGCCAGGGUAUCUCUCUGCCGGCGUGAGAACACUGAGAUUGGAGACCAGGGCGCCUGACGGUGCACAAGCUUCCUCCCUCCGUUCCCUCCUCCUCCCACUUCCCCCCACCCCCGCUUCAACCCCCACCCCCACCCCCACCCCCAGUGCCUGUGUGUGUUCCUCACAGGCGAGGGGACCCGGAGAGCAGUCCACACUCGGCGCGCGGCGGAGCAGCGGCUGCUCCUACUGCUGGGGGGAGCAGCGGAGGUGGCCGCCUAGCGCCUCCCUGGACUUCCCAAGUGGGGGCAGAGCAGUCGCUCGCGGGAGACGUCAGUUAGAAGGCAUUGGGAAAGAGGGACCUUCAAACUCCUCCUCGGCGUCUCCUCUCCUCCCGCUUUGGCCCCUGCCCUUGGAGAAAGUGGAGUGUGGCGCUUGGUUGUCGUUAUUUCUUCGGACUGCUUCUCGGUGCACGGAUUCAGCUGCUGCCCAGUGGGGCUUUCCGCUGUUUGCGCGUCUCUCUGUUCCCCCCUCCCCCGGCACACCUCUGUCUACGAUGAGGAAAGGUCUGCGGGCGACAGCGGCCCGCUGCGGACUGGGACUGGGAUACGUGCUGCAAAUGGUGGUGCUACCUGCCCUGGCCCUGCUCAGCGCCAGUGGCACUGGCUCCGCCGCCCAAGACGACGACUUUUUUCAUGAACUCCCAGAAACUUUUCCUUCUGACCCACCUGAGCCUCUGCCACAUUUCCUUAUUGAGCCUGAAGAAGCUUAUAUUGUGAAGAAUAAGCCUGUGAACCUGUACUGUAAAGCCAGCCCUGCCACCCAGAUCUAUUUCAAGUGUAACAGUGAGUGGGUUCAUCAGAAGGACCACAUAGUAGAUGAAAGGGUAGAUGAAACUUCAGGUCUUAUUGUCCGGGAAGUGAGCAUUGAAAUUUCGCGCCAGCAAGUGGAAGAACUCUUUGGACCUGAAGAUUAUUGGUGCCAGUGUGUGGCCUGGAGCUCAGCGGGCACCACAAAGAGCCGGAAGGCGUACGUGCGCAUUGCCUAUCUACGGAAGACAUUUGAGCAGGAACCCCUAGGAAAAGAAGUAUCCUUGGAACAAGAAGUCUUACUCCAGUGUCGACCACCUGAAGGGAUCCCAGUGGCUGAGGUGGAAUGGUUGAAAAAUGAAGACAUAAUUGAUCCUGUUGAAGAUCGGAAUUUUUAUAUUACUAUUGAUCACAACCUCAUCAUAAAGCAGGCCCGCCUCUCUGAUACUGCAAAUUAUACCUGUGUUGCCAAAAACAUUGUUGCCAAGAGGAAAAGCACAACUGCCACUGUCAUAGUCUACGUUAACGGUGGCUGGUCCACCUGGACAGAGUGGUCUGUGUGUAAUAGCCGCUGUGGACGAGGGUAUCAGAAACGUACAAGGACUUGUACCAACCCGGCACCACUCAAUGGGGGUGCCUUCUGUGAAGGACAGAGUGUGCAGAAAAUAACCUGUACUACAUUAUGCCCAGUGGAUGGCAGGUGGACAUCAUGGAGCAAGUGGUCUACUUGUGGAACUGAGUGUACCCACUGGCGCAGGAGGGAGUGUACUGCACCAGCCCCCAAGAAUGGAGGCAAGGACUGUGACGGCCUGGUCUUGCAAUCCAAGAACUGCACUGAUGGACUUUGCAUGCAGAGUUUCAUUUAUCCCAUUUCAACUGAACAGAGAACCCAGAAUGAAUAUGGAUUUUCUUCUGCUCCUGAUUCAGAUGAUGUUGCUCUCUAUGUUGGGAUUGUGAUAGCAGUGAUCGUUUGCCUGGCAAUCUCUGUAGUUGUGGCCUUGUUUGUGUAUCGGAAGAAUCAUCGUGACUUUGAGUCAGAUAUUAUUGACUCUUCAGCACUCAAUGGGGGCUUUCAGCCUGUGAACAUCAAAGCAGCAAGACAAGAUCUGCUGGCAGUACCCCCAGACCUCACGUCAGCUGCAGCCAUGUACAGAGGACCCGUCUAUGCCCUGCAUGACGUCUCAGACAAAAUUCCAAUGACCAACUCUCCAAUUCUGGAUCCACUGCCAAACCUGAAAAUCAAAGUGUAUAACACCUCAGGUGCUGUCACCCCCCAAGAUGAGCUCUCUGAGAUUACGUCCAAGCUGUCCCCUCAGAUGACCCAGUCGUUGCUGGAGAAUGAAGCCCUCAACCUGAAGAACCAGAGUCUAGCAAGACAGACUGAUCCAUCCUGUACCGCAUUUGGCAGCUUCAACUCGCUCGGAGGUCACCUUAUUGUUCCCAAUUCAGGAGUCAGUUUGCUGAUUCCCGCUGGGGCCAUUCCUCAAGGGAGAGUCUAUGAAAUGUAUGUGACUGUACACAGGAAAGAAACCAUGAGGCCUCCCAUGGAUGACUCUCAGACACUCUUGACCCCUGUGGUGAGCUGUGGGCCCCCAGGAGCCCUGCUCACCCGCCCCAUCGUCCUCACUAUGCAUCACUGCGCGGACCCCAAUACCGAGGACUGGAAGAUACUGCUCAAGAACCAGGCAGCACAGGGACAGUGGGAGGAUGUGGUGGUGGUUGGAGAAGAAAACUUCACUACCCCUUGCUACAUUCAGCUGGAUGCAGAGGCCUGUCACAUCCUCACAGAGAACCUCAGCACCUACGCCCUGGUCGGGCAUUCCACCACCAAAGCGGCUGCAAAGCGCCUGAAGCUGGCCAUCUUCGGGCCCCUGUGCUGCUCCUCCCUGGAGUACAGCAUCCGCGUCUACUGUCUGGAUGACACCCAGGACGCCCUGAAGGAAGUUUUACAUCUUGAGAGACAGAUGGGAGGACAGCUCCUAGAAGAACCUAAGGCUCUUCAUUUUAAAGGCAGCACCCACAACCUCCGCCUGUCAAUUCACGAUAUCGCCCAUUCCCUCUGGAAGAGCAAAUUGCUGGCUAAAUACCAGGAAAUUCCUUUUUACCAUGUCUGGAGUGGGUCUCAAAGAAACCUGCACUGCACCUUCACUCUGGAAAGAUUUAGCCUGAACACAGUGGAGCUGGUUUGCAAACUCUGCGUGCGGCAGGUGGAAGGAGAAGGGCAGAUCUUCCAGCUCAACUGCACCGUGUCAGAGGAACCUACUGGCAUCGAUUUGCCACUGCUGGAUCCUGCAAACACCAUCACCACCGUCACGGGGCCCAGUGCUUUCAGCAUCCCUCUCCCUAUCCGACAGAAGCUCUGUAGCAGCCUGGAUGCCCCCCAGACGAGAGGCCAUGACUGGAGGAUGCUGGCCCAUAAGCUAAACCUGGACAGGUACUUGAAUUACUUUGCCACCAAAUCCAGCCCAACUGGUGUAAUCCUGGAUCUUUGGGAAGCACAGAACUUCCCAGAUGGAAACCUGAGCAUGCUGGCAGCUGUCUUGGAAGAAAUGGGAAGACAUGAAACAGUGGUGUCCUUAGCAGCAGAAGGGCAGUAUUAACCACCACGCCGGAAGGGGAACCGAAGGACGACACCGCACAGGGGUCUGUGGCCGUCCAGGGGAAUCACAGCUGAGGAGGAAAUCCAGACGAGACCAAUGCGCUUCACAGGCAAGACUGCAGCAGCCAGAAGGAAAACAGAUACAACUGCCAAUGUACAUGCCCACUUUACUCGGACAUCAGCACAGGAGUUGAGAAAAAUUGUGUAAAUUUGUACCUUGAAUUUAGCUAUCAACCUAAUUUUCCUCUUAGUUGGGCUGUAUGCUGUGUGGUACAGGAUCUUACAGUUUCCUAGGAAACGCUUUUUAUUGCUAUCCAGAUAUAUGGAUAAACUUUCUUAACAAACCCAAUUUCUACAAAUGUUGUUUACAUCAAAUUGGACAGGGAUGCAGACACUGUCCAUGGCUCGUUCUAUUUUUGUUCAAAUCAUUUGAAGCUGAAGCUGUGGAUGGUUAGUUGUGUCUAUUUCAGAUUAGUAAUUUACAGAGAAAUCACAGACUUUUGGUACAAAUUGUGUGCAUCAAGUGUCUCAGAUAAUCUUCCCAUCAGUGUUCUGUUUCUAGAACUUGUAGAACCAGUGUUACUGUUUGUAUCAGGGAAGUGGAGAAUCUAAAAGUGUAAAAAAGAAAUAACUAAGACUCCUAUUCCUUGGAGGGACCCUUCUGGUGCCCUUUGAGAAUAAAGCUAUAGCAUUGCAGGGAAGACAGUGGUUCAUGUUCAAGCAUUUUUUCACAACAUGCGUGUUUAUAAUAUGCAGUAUGAAGUGGUUUUUU